GUCCUAGCUGUCUGCUUGACAGAUCCCGGUUAGGAGUAAGGGCAGCGGUACCGGAGCGGCGCGGCUCUGCUGAAGUAUCUGUUAUCGCGCUGUUACUCUAACGAACGCUUUCCUAGUGGCAGCUCGCAGAGGCGGCGGAAGGGAAGAAAGAGUUGGGCACUGGACUGGUUGCCGAAGCCUGUCCUUCAAGUGUCUGAGAAUUGGGGAAAAUGGCCUCUGUACUACUUGCACGUCAAGUGACUCUCAAUCUGCAACAAAACACCAGGCUACUUGUACCAUGUGUUAGAUAUGUCAGUCAAGCUGCAGCGAAGAAAAAUGUUGACUUUGAAUAUGAUGGUCCUCUUAUGAAGACAGAAGUCCCAGGGCCAAGAUCAAAAGAGCUGAUUAAACAACUUAGUAAAAUACAAAAUUCUGAAGCUGUACACUUCUUUUGCAACUAUGAAGAGAGCAGAGGCAACUACCUUGUUGAUGUGGAUGGAAACCGAAUGCUAGAUUUGUACUCACAAAUAUCAUCCAUUCCGAUUGGCUAUAAUCAUCCCGCCCUUAUAAAAGUUCUGCAACAACCACAGAAUUUGAGCACUUUUGUUAACAGACCAGCACUUGGCAUCUUGCCACCAGAGAACUUCACAGAGAAGCUGGAGGAUUCCUUACUGUCGAUUGGACCUAAAGGCUUAAGACAAGUUAUUACAAUGUCAUGUGGAUCAUGCUCUAAUGAAAAUGCUUUUAAGCUUAUAUUUAUGUGGUACAGAAAUAAAGAACGAGGUCCCACUGGUGUCACUAAGGAAGAAUUGGAUUCUUGUAUGAUUAACCAGUUGCCAGGUUGUCCAGAUUAUAGCAUUUUAUCCUUCAUGGGUGGUUUUCAUGGCAGGACUAUGGGAUGUUUGGCAACAACGCACUCUAAAGCUAUCCACAAACUGGACGUCCCUUCCUUUGACUGGCCUAUUGCCCCCUUUCCAAGGCUGAAAUAUCCACUGGAGCAGUUUGUUAAAGAGAACCAGGAUGAAGAGGCUCGCUGUCUGGAAGAAGUGGAAGACCUGAUCGUGAAAUACAGAAAAAAGAAGAAGACUGUUGCUGGAAUUGUGGUGGAGCCCAUCCAGUCGGAAGGAGGAGACAAUCACGCUUCAGAUGACUUUUUUAGGAAACUGAGAGACAUUGCUAGAAAGCAUGGCUGUGCAUUUUUGGUUGAUGAAGUGCAGACAGGAGGAGGAUCUACUGGAAAAUUCUGGGCUCAUGAACACUGGGGGAUGGAUGACCCAGCUGAUGUAGUGACGUUCAGCAAGAAAAUGAUAACCGGAGGAUUUUUUCACAAAGAAGAAUUGAGGCCUGAUGCACCCUACCGUAUUUUUAAUACAUGGCUUGGGGACCCAUCAAAGAAUCUCCUCUUGGCUGAAGUGUUAAAUGUGAUUAAGAGGGAGGAUCUUCUAAGUAACACUGUGCAAGCUGGAAAGGCUCUUCACGAUGGACUGCUGGAUUUCCAGGCUCGUUACCCACAUCUCGUUAGCAGAGCCAGAGGCAGAGGAACGUUCUGUUCAUUUGACGCUCCUAGCGAUGCAAUCCGAAACAAAAUCAUAUUACAAGCAAGAAACAAAGGUAUUGUUCUGGGAGGUUGUGGUGACAAGUCCAUCCGUUUCCGACCAACUUUGGUUUUCAAAGAGCACCACGCUCACCUGUUCCUCAACAUCUUCAAUGACAUCCUGGCGGACUUUAAGUAGAAUUCAGAUUGAGCUGACCUGCCUGAGUGGAGCCAGAAGUGCAGAUCUGUAUUGCGUCCGUCCAUCUGGCUGUUCCCUACACAAAGUUCAGGUUUAAUUUUAAGGGGUGGAGGUGUUUUGAUUCCAUGCCGAAACAGCCCCCCCCCCCCAAAAAAAAACUAAUUCUAUGUGCCACAACAGUGUCUAUUUUCUUAGUAAAAACAGAUGAUUUUCUCUUUUCCUAGUGUACAGCACAGGCUAUGCAGGGAUGUUCUAAUGCUUUAUUAGUUCUUUAUUAGCUCUAUAUAAAAGGAAAAGCUUCAGACAGAAACAAUAUAAUGUGUAAAGAUAUAAAACAGGUAUAUUUCUCAUUCCUGCCUAUAUUAAAUUGUUUUGUAUUAGCCACAAUCCUUUGAAGUCUGUUUCAGUAUCAUGUUAACUCUGUGCACGUGUUGCUGUUUUUGCAAAACAAGAAAAAGAAACGUAUGGUCUGUUCAUUUGAUUCCACCCUGUUACAUAGUUAAGUAGCGAUCUCAAUUGUAGUGAUGGGCGAAUUUCUCCCGAAAAAAUAGUGAAAAUCUGAAAUUUUCUCAAAAAAAACAUUAAAAUCGGAAAGUGAAUGUAUUUACUUACCUGAAACCCAACCCGGUGCACCUAUCAGCAGAAAACUGCACCAGCCCGGGGUUCUUCCAGCGAGCACCACGGAGCGACCCUCUUCCGGCUUCUUCUCGCGGCUGUGCUUGCGCAUUAGAGUGAAAAGCCGAACUUUAACUAAAAAGUCGGCUUUUUCGUUCUACUGCACAUGCGUCUGCCCUGGGAAAUUUGAAGAAAGAAGAAGUCGGAAGAGGAUCGCUUCGUGGUGCUCAGUAUAACCAGAUAAGUCAAUACAAUCACUUGAGGGUGCCUAUCAUUUAGCACCCCAAGUGGUAAAUGACUUUCCUUCUCCUUUAAGGCACUGACUGCCAAUCCCCAGUGCUCUGGAUGGCGGAAAUUACCUCCCUAGCAACAUUCUGGAGAUGAUUCGUCUCUGUCCUAAAACUUAGCGCUUAGAAUAAACACAAGGACAGUGAUGCAUCUGCUAAUCACUUUCUGUUUUAAUGAUAUAGAUACAGCAGCUGUUCCUAUUCAGUCAGAAAUUAAAAAUACAAUUUUGUGUCUCUGUAAAUAUGGUGCCCCUCGGUAACUUUAAAGGCCAUUAAGAAUUAAUAUAUAUAUAUAGAUAUAAUACAAAUAUAAUAAAUAUAUAAUAGUAAGUGACAUUAAAAAAAAAAAAAA